AUCAAUCAAUUUGCUAUAAAUUGGCUAGAGCGCUCGGGUUAGGGCACAGUUCAAGCGUUUGUUUAGUGCCGUAUGCAGCAGCACAUUCUAUCAUCGGACGUAAAAAUGGCAUUCAAGGUUUUGAGCUUCCUCGUGCUGGUGGCAGUUGCCCGCGCUGGUGUUUAUAACGCUCCUCUGACUUAUGCCGCUCCAGCUCCAGCUCUAGCGUACUCUCACGCUCCGGCCCAGCUGGCUUAUGCUGCCCCAGCUCAAGUAGCUUAUGCUGCUCCAGCUCAAGUGGCUUAUGCUGCUCCAGUCGCCAAGACCCUGGUCUCUGCUCCAGUCGUCAAGACCGUUGUCGCCGAUGAGUACGACCCGAACCCACAGUACUCGUUCUCGUACGGAAUCUCCGAUGCCCUGACCGGUGACCAGAAGUCCCAGCAGGAAUCUCGCAACGGUGAUGUCGUUCAGGGAUCAUACUCCGUCGUUGACCCAGAUGGCACCAAGCGAACAGUCGAAUACACCGCCGACCCACACAACGGAUUCAAUGCCGUCGUCCACCGUGAACCUUUGGGCGCUCCAGUUACCAAGGUCGUUGCUGCUGCUCCAGUCGUCGCCAAGUAUGUUGCCCAGCCCGCUGUCUAUGCUGCCCCAGCUGUAACCAAGACCCUGGUCCAGCAACCUCUUGUCUACUCAGCCCCAGCCGUCACAAAGACCCUCCUGACCCAGCCUGCCUCCUAUGCCUACCACCACUAAUCACCAACCGUAGUGUAACUGUUAGUCGAAAAAAGCUGUCACCCUAGAUACCUGAAGGGCCACGCCAGAAUGUUCUCGUUGUUAUGCUAGAAAUCGGAAAUAGCACCGAAGUUUACAAUUGAAUAACCUGCA